AUUGUGCUAUGAACUUACCGCACUAACAAACGUAUACAAAGAUGAAGGAAGAAUAUUAUCUACAACAUCCGAGAACUCAACUGUUUUACAAGGUGCUUGCCCAUGUUUCGACGAUCGAAAGUACAAUUGACUUAACAUGGUGGGGAUACACUUUCCCGAAGUACGUGGGCUGGUUUUACCAUCUGCAGUGUAAUGUCGUCCGGCUGUUCGGCAAAUGCGUGGUCGUAUCGCAGAUACUUUUUAUAAUAUUGAACUACCAAACGAUAGAUAAGUCAGUAUUCAUUAUUGCAAUCACAAUAACACCGCUGGGAGCGCUUGUUGGGAUCAAAGCUGAAUCAGCAAAAGCUGAAUGCUACGUCAAUUUAAUGAAGAAUUUCAUGGAUAAAGUUCACAUUCACAGUAUUUAUCGUAAAAACGAAAACAAUGAAUUCGUAAAAAAGAAAGUAUUACAAAUCGAGCGAGUGUCACGCUUCACUGCGUAUUUCCUCGUAAUUUUGAUAGCGAUCAAUUGUCUAUCUUGGAUGCUGAAACCCACCUUGCACAACAUAAAGCAUUUCGAGGAAAUCAUGAACAAGUCCAUGGAAUUCCAAUACUAUAUUUAUUUUUGGACGCCAUUGGAUUAUAAAUACAAUUUGAGGGACUACAUAAUAAUACACACGUUGUGUAUAUACUUGGGCGCGACUGCUGUAACGGUUAUUGUGACAUUCGAUAUAUUUAACUUCAUUGCAGUUUUCCAUGUAGUUGCGCACAUCCAAAUAUUGAAAAACAAUGUAAAAUCGAACUGGUCGGAUGAUUUCAAUGAAAGCGAGAAAAAGGGGUAUUUGGUGAGCAUACUGGAAUAUCACGCGUAUAUUAUAAGAAUUUUCGGUGAAGUGCAGUCAGCAUUUGGGCUAAACGUAGCAUCGAAUUAUCUUCAGAACUUAAUUGAGGAUGGCUUGUUUUUGUAUCAAAUCAUGAACGGGGAAAAAGAAAAUGUUUUGAUGUACGGCUUAAUGAUAAUUUUAUAUUUAGGAGGUUUGAUUUUUCUAUCCAUUGUGCUGGAGGAAAUACGUCGUCAGAAUUACGACUUAUGUGAAUAUGUAUACGCGUUGCCUUGGGAGGGCAUGUCACUUGAAAAUCAAAAAAUCUUUGUAGUUUUUCUGCAACGAACUCAGCCAGAUCUUGAGUUUGAAACUGUUUGCGGCAUGAAGGCUGGAGUGAAGCCUGCGUUCUCUAUAGUUAAAUCUAUGUUCUCUUACUACGUGAUGAUAAAUUCAAGAUUUUAAAGAUAUUAAACAGUCAACCACUAUUAUUACACGUUUAAACCUAAAAAAAUACUUAACUAACCAACUAAAACGUCUCACACGAACAACGUAGCUCAUGAAAAGUUACUGAUCGCCUGCUUAGGUUUUCUACAUUUUGCGUGAACC